UGGUGUGCAAUACAACCGGAAUUAUCGUCUGUUCGUUCACUGUGAGCUAUAAAUAAAUGUAUUUUCAUAUUUCCAACAGUGUUGCAACAGUGUUAACAUGUAGAACAUUGGACGAACUAAAGAAAGCAAAUUAGCUAACACGUUAAUGCUUGCAAGUAUUCACGUACUUUACAUGACUGGUUUCUGACCUGCCAAUAAAUGGAAGACGCGCUAGCUCGUAAAGAGUGUGGAGACGCUAGUGUGUCCCCGUCUCCGGGUAGACAUGAGGAGGGCAACGAGGAGAUGGGGGCCAUGUUGUGGUCAGUCCAGGAGGCUGUUGAGAGGCAGACCCUGCAGAUCGGUGCGUCUGCAUGUGGAGCCACUGCUGUAAUAGAUGUGCUACAAGCCCUGGGCUGCACUGUGGCGCCUGAGACAGCUGAUCGGUGUGUGAGGACGUGUCUGAGAAGGAACGAGGCCCCGUUGCCAGACUACCUGCACUCCAGGAGCCAAGCGGGGGCGACGCAUUCCCAGCUGAUCGAGGGGGCGGAGCAAGCCAGCGGAGGCCGUGUCAUGGGUAGGUUCUACCACCUCCACCCUCGCCGGAGGGUGAGGCUUGUGCCCUGGCUGGCACAGUGGAUCCGCAGGGGAGCUGUCCCUGUGGCCACCAUGAACAUGCAGAAGGCCGUGCCUGAAGGGGAAGAGAUCCCAGACGCCUGGCAUCACCAGCUCAUAUUUGGGGUUGGACCCAAUGCUGUCUACAUGACCAAUCCAUUAGAUGUGGUGAGUGAGAGGGAGGUGCAUCAGCGACUCUGCAGUGAAUCGGUGUUGCUGAUUCGUCGGGAGGACGUCAUGCAGAGACUGACAGCUGACACCCUCCUGUCCAGCAUAUCAGAGGGCCAGUGUGACCCACGCUGGAGAACGAUGGACGUGGAGGGCCAGGUGAAGCAGAUGACCUGUGAGGAAGACCCCUGUGACACUCAGCCCAGGAUGACCCACGUCAGCAUCCCUGCGGCGUACAGCUCGGGGGUCACCUUGUUCGCCCUCCGAAGUUCUACCCUGGGCCAGGAGCUUCUCCACACCCCCGAUCUCCCUUUGUUGUGACUGGAAAGCCAUUUCACCUAAGCCACUUGAAGAUUGGACGCAGCUGUUUUAGUGUGUGGUCUGUUUUAAAGCGUUUGUCUUCAAGCAGACCACGUUUCCAAUCAUCCUUGUGGUGCAGUCUGCGCUACUGUGGCUUUAGACUGCUGUCAUGUUAGCUAAAUGAUGAUGGCAUCAUUGCAAUGAUGAUCAACUAGCUGUAAUACUGUAGGUACUGUAUACACUGUAUCCAGAGUACGAUUAUAAGUUCUCAAGAUGACAGUGGUCUGUUGUAGAAACACCUUUUUAUGUGGUUUUUAAUGAA